GUGUGUGUGUGUGUGUGUGUGUGUGUGUGUGUGUGUGUGUGUGUGUGUGUGUGUGUGUGUACUGAGCUGGAGGACGUUGUGUCGUCGUGUCGCAGAUAAAAACUAACGAUGUCUUCAGCUGAGACAGAGACGUCGAGGUCCGACGUCCUCAAAGAUGUGUCCCAGCACCAUGUCUUUAAAGAGGAGGUUCUAGAUGACCAGCAGCUCUGUGACCAGGACAGGAACUCGAAUCUGGACCAGGAGGAACCAGAACCUCCACAGAUUAAAGAGGAACAGGAGGAACCAGGACCUCCACAGAUUAAAGAGGAACAGGAGGAACCAGAACCUCCACAGAUUAAAGAGGAACAGGAGGAACCAGAUAGGAAGAAGAGUGGUCAGAGUGAUACUGACACAGGAACAAAGUCUGUAACAUGCGACAUCUGUGGAAAAACCUUGAAGCAUAAAUCCACACUGUACAGACAUCGCAAAAUUCACACAGGUGAAAAGCUGUACUCCUGUGGAACAUGUGGGAAACAGUUCAGUCAGAGUCAUUCGCUGAAAGCCCACACCAGGACUCACACCGGAGAGAAGCCGUACUCUUGCAAAAUAUGCGGUAAAAGAUUUAGUCAACGUGGGAACCUGAGCGUCCACGUGAAAACUCACACGAGUGAGAAGCUGUACUCCUGUGAGACGUGUGGGAAACAGUUCAGUGUCCAGGAAUAUUUGACCACCCACAUGAAGAUUCACUCAAGCGAGAAACCGUUUGGUUGUGAAACGUGUGGUAAACAUUUUAGAUUGAAGUACGACCUGAAAGUCCACAUGAGGACUCACGCAGGUGAUAAGACUUACUGCUGUCAGAUGUGUGGGGAGAUGUUUUUCGACCGCUCAGUGUUUACAAAGCACAAAAUUAUCCACAGAGGUGAGAAGCCACUCUGCAAAAUCUGUGGGAAAGCUUUCAGCCGCACUAGUAAUUUGAUCCCACACAUGAGAACGCACACUGGUGAGAAGCCGUACUGCUGCGACACAUGUGGGAAAAGAUUCACUCGGAAUAUCCAGCUGACGCUCCACAUCAGGACUCACACGGGCGAGAAACCGUAUUUCUGCGAAAUAUGCGGGAAGAAGUUUAGGCACAUGCAUGCCUUCAAAAAUCACAUGAGAAUCCACACGGGUGAGAAGCCGUACCUUUGUAAAGUUUGCGGGAGGAGAUUUUGUCACUCGUCAACGUUGAGGAACCACAUGAGAAUCCACACGGGUCAGAAGCCGUAUCACUGCAGGAUGUGUGGGCGGCGUUUUAGUUACUAUGGCACGCUGGUCGUCCACAUGAGGACGCACACAGGCGAGAAGCCUUAUUCUUGUAAGACGUGCGGUCGAGGCUUCAGCCACAGUUACGCCUUGUUUCAGCACAUGUGGACUCACACAGGAGAGAAGCCAUAUCGCUGCAAAACGUGUGGAAAAAACUACAGCCGGAGUUGUGCUUUGUUGCUGCACAUGAGGACGCACACAGGCGAGAAACCGUACUGGUGUGAACGUUGUGGUAAAGCCUACAGCCAAAAUAGACACCUGGUCGUCCACAUGAAGACUCACACAGCUGAGAAGUCGUAGUCCUGAAACUCAAAAUAAUAAAAGUAACUGUGAAAGACAAAUAUGAUGUGAAGUUUAGAAACGCUGCUGGAGUCUUUGAUGUGAAUAUUAAAGGACAAUUUUCAAUGUUUUUAUCCUGAAAUAAGAAAUUUAACUAGAAAUAAAAUAGUUAAAAGUUGAAUGCUCAACUAAA